AUGGUUUGUUCACUACAGAAAGAGUUGUUGAGCAUUCCGCGAGCAAUUCAGACUGCGGAGGAGCUUUACCUGUUAAUUAAGAUAUAUGAAAGCCAAUCUCAUCACAAGGAACUUAUUGAGAUACUUAACAGCGAACAUCUGGGAGUCGGUUCUCGCAUUGCCCAGAAUGAAUGGCUGUUUUUCACUUGCAAGCUAUCAGUUAUUGAAAAGAGCGGCUUAUGGGAUCAAGCCUUAAAGUUUACGAAAGAAUUGCUGACGCUUGACGACAGCGUGACGGUAGAGUCGAAGCCAGAUGCCAAAUACGAGGAGAGGGAUGAUUGGAAAGUAUGGAAUCUUCUCCUACUUGCCACGAGGAAGGCAGAGAAGCAAGAGUGA